GCGGCCCCUCGCCGGAAGUUAUUCCUGCCCACUUCCGUCCCUCUGUUCUUCUCCAGAUCCCAGAAGGGAAAGUAAAGGUAUCUACAGCGCCCAGUUAUAGUCCAUGUUGAGGAAACAGCUAUUUUUCAGCUUUUCUGGAGGAAUGCAAAGUUCUCUUUCCUUAAGACAAAUGAGCAUUCCAAAAGGUUUGGGCUACCUGACUAUUAUGGCACCAAGAAACCUCUUGUAUAUGAGAAGUAACUUUCUGUUUGGUUCAAGAUGUUGGAUGGUACGAUUUUCAUCAGAAAUCCUCUUUAAAUCAGUUUCAUUUAGGCUUUUCAGUAUGAAAUGUGGUAAUGCAGACAGUGAACCUUUGGAAAAUGAAGAACUGCUGAAUAACUUACUUACUAUGGGAGUAGAUGUUGACAUGGCAAAGAAACGACAGCCUGGAGUUUUUAAUAGGAGAGGUACUAAUGAGCAGAACCUGAAGACAUUCCUUCUCUCUAAAGGAACUAGCAAAGAAGUGAUUGCUGGCAUCAUAUCAAGAUAUCCACGAGCCAUGACACGCACACCUGAAAGUCUUUCAAAUCAGUGGGGUCUGUGGAGAAGAAUUGUGACAUCAGACCUUAAAAUUGUAGCUAUUUUGGAACGUUCUCCUGAAUCCUUUUUUCGGUCCAGUAACAACCUGAACUUAGAGAGAAAUAUAGAGUUCCUUUACUCAGUUGGAUUGACCCGUAAAUGCCUUUGUCGAUUGUUGACCAGUGCCCUGCGUACCUUCUCCAAUAGUCUUGAGCUGAAUAAACGGAUGGUCGAAUUUUUGCAAGAAGUCUGUUUAUCUUUGGGUAACAAUGAUCCCACAGGUUUUGUCAGGAAUAUAAUUUUUAAAAACCCUUUCAUCUUAAUUCAGAGCACCAAACGGGUAAAAACUAAUAUUGAAUUUUUACAGUCAGCUUUCAGCUUGAACAAUGAGCAGCUGCUUGUUUUGAUAUGUGGUCCAGGAGCUAAAAUCCUAGACCUUUCCAAUGAUUGUAUGACAAGAAACUACACAAAUAUCAAAGAAAGACUGUUUUCUCUUGGGUGUACUGCAGAAGAGAUACGGAAGUUUGUUUUAAACUGUCCAGAUGUGAUCUUCUUGGGAUAGAAAAAGUUUAGUGAUAAAAUAGACUGCUUCAUAGAAGAAAAAAUUAGCAUUUCACAAAUAAUUGAAAAUUCUCAGAUUUUGGAUUCAAGCAUAAGCACUUUAAAAAGUCGAAUCAAAGAAUUGGUAAAUGCUGGCUAUAACUUGAGUACGUCAAGCAUCAGUCUUCUGUCUUGGAGUCAGAAAAGAUAUAACGCUAAGUUGAAAAAGUUAAACACUGGACAGAAUGUUGUUCUGGGGAAUUAAGCAAAAGUCAGUCUUAUAAUGUAGUGACAUAAUUUCAUUUUGAAUUUGGACCUUUCAAAAAGGUUUGUUUUCUUAACCACAUAUACGUAUAUAAUGUUUCUUUGGAAAUUUUAGUUUAAAGUUUCAUAAAAACUCAUGGUCAUUAUGCCCUGAUAUAGUCUUCCCAGCUACCUUUUCUGUAGUUUGAAUUAGUACAACACCCAAUUUUAUGAUAUAGGCUGUGGCUUUUGUAUGAAUGGUAGUUGCUGAGUGCUAUGGCAGAACAAUAUGUAAAAAGAAAGUACAAAAUAAGCUUUUUUGGUUUCUGUUCAGAUUUGAAAAUUGACAGAUUCAUUUAGAUAGUUCUGUUUCCUGUCAUGGUUUUGAAUGGCAACCUAUUUCUCCUAUUAUUCCAUGUAUCUAAUUAUGGUUCAUCUUCAAAAUAGAAUGUCAGUAAAAAUAUGACAACAAAAAGGAGGAAUUUUUCAUCCCAAAUUCUACAUACUCUAUUUAAACCAUUAGUAUGCCCCACCACUCCUCUGGUUUACGCUCAAUUUAGUAUGGGUAUAUCCUGAUUUCUUUGAAGAUAAGGGCAACUGUGAUAGGCAGAAUAAUGGUUUCCCAAAGAUAUCAAUGUCUUAAUUACCAGAACCUGUGGAUAUUUUUUGUUACAUUAUAAAAGGACUUUGCAGGUAUGAUUAAGUUAAGGACCAUAAUUUGAGGUCCUGAGUUGGGGAGGUUAUCCCGGAUUAUCUGGGUGGGCCCAGUAUAAUCAUAAGGGUCCUUAAAAGUGGAAGAGGGAGGUAAAAGAAGAGGUCAGAGUGAUGCAAUGUAAGCAGGGCUUGACCCACUUUUACUGGCUUUGAAGGAGGAAGGGGACAUGAACCAAGGAAUGCAGGUAGCCUCUAGGAAAUGGAAAAGGCAAGGAAGCAUUCCUCCCUAGUGCCUCAGAAAGGAACGCAGCUGUGCUGAGACCUUGAAUUUAGCUCAGUGAGACCCAUGUCAGACUUCAGACCUACAGAACCAAAAGAUAAUAAACUGGUGGUGUUUUAAGCCA